AUGAGUGGGCGAGGGAGGCAUUGGCUAUGGCGAAAUAGAAUUUUUCUGUGCUUUGAUUGGUUUAACGUUUAUCAAUAAAUUGCAUGCCGUCAACAACCGGAACUCCUAAAUUUAGGGGUUCAGGUUGUCGAUUUCCCCUGAGCCAAUGCCUUCGUCGCCCGCGCACAGGUAUUGCUCUGGGUACGAGAUUGAUUUUACUCUGUCUAGCACUAAAUUGCCUAAGCACCGCUGCCAGAUUUUAGUUUAAACAAGGGGAACGUGUUCCAACUAAAUUGAUUAACUUAACUUUAUUUAAGGGUGUUACUGAAAGGAAAGAUCUCAAAAGAAAAGUGCAGGAGCCAAAUGCAGAGAAAACAAAUGGCAAGGAUGAAGUAAACAAACAGGUAACUGUACCUUUACUGUAUGUAUUUAAUGCAUGUUAUGCAUGCAAUAUUAUGUAUAGGCAAGACUUAUGUUUGUGAUGUUACUCUGAGUGUAUAUCCACACCGGGCGAGUUUGAAAAAUAUGCCCGGCCACGGUGGGAAUCGAACCUACGACCUUUGGUUCGAUUCCCACCGUGGCUGGGCAUAUUUUUCAAGCUCGCCCGGUGUGGAUAUACACUCAGACAUCACAAACAUAUUAUUCACCUGAGUACACAACACCAACACAGAAAAAAAGGACUAUGCAUCUUAUUUAAAGUUGUCAAAAGCGUGAGCAUGUGAGCUGACAGAUGUGCGAACAAGGUUGGGUUUACAGUAUUUCUUUCUGAAAAUACUGCAAGUGGGGCAAGCACUGGACUCACAUAAUAUUUACAGAAUUACAGUAUGUGAGCAACUCAUAUUGACUUCGGUAGCACACUGUCCAUUAUUUACAUGCACUGUACAUGACCCACAUUUCAAAUCCAGUCUUAAUAUUGGUAAUAACACUGGGAGCAAUUAGUUAACUCAUUAACGCCCAAGCUGUUACAAUGUUUCUACCCCCCUAACGUGCAAGCAAUAUGGCGAAUACGUGACUGAAUUCAAGAGCUUUCACCAAAAUGGCAAUAUCUCAGAAACAGUUGCAUGAAAAAAUCUGGUCUUUUCAACCAAAUAUUAUUAAUAUAUGAUUGACCAAAUUUAGUUUAAAUGAACUUGCAUACCUAUAUAUAUAUCAUUAGUUUUUUCAAUGAGAAUUUUUAUUUGUAAACCAGUGACACUAUUUUUAUAUAAAAAACAAAAAAAAAAUUAUUUACUAAAUUAGUACAUAUCUAUAUUAUAACCAGUUUUCAUCUAUUGGGAUAUGAAUUAGAAAAUGAUCAAAAAUUAUAAAAAAUACUCCUUUGCUUUUUUGGGCAAGAUGUUUACAACAUGAAAUUUAGAACAGUAACUAAGUGUUAAAAUUGAACAAAGUGUGCAAGCCAAAACACAGUGCUUGUACAUCUUUGGAGUUUUUAAUUACCUCAAAUAUAUUUAAAAGGACAUACGGUACUAGAAUCUAUUUGUUUUCAAUAUAAACCAAGGAUGGGAAGGUGAGAAAAUAGAAAUUUUCUGAGGUGUUUUUAACACAGACAAUGACAGCCGACAUUUUCAAAGGCAAAUUGCGGUGACAAAACCAAAAGUUAUUCACUUCUCUACUCAAAGCACUGAAAAACACCAUAAAGAGAAAAACAUUUUAAACAUACAUCAGGUAAGCCUUUUAGCUCAAUUUUCUCAUGUUUCUGUUUGGAAAGAAACGGUUUUUAGCCAAAAUUAUUUUGCGCGCCAAUGUAGGCUGCUAUAAAAUGUCAGACACGCGUUCUCUUUUGAAGUCUGGCUCUGAAAAACAAUCACUUUUUUUUAGUUUGAAAUAAGCUUUCAUUAGGACUAAUUGUGUAGAAAUGUUAUCUGUAUGCUCAAAUGAAAAAGAUAACCUAAUAGUCAGGUAUUCAACAUAGCUAUAAAAGGGUGAAAUAAGGACUUUCAUCUUUGGUUGUUUGUCAGACAUGAGAGACCACAUUAGUGCCAUUUUGUCGCGCGUGCUAUUUUAUAAAAUAAACACCUCAAAACCAUAAACUUUUAGUUCAGAAAAUUACAAAGUUUCCCAUAGACAUUAUUAAAAAUGUUCUAGUGAAACGAUUUCAUGAUAAAUAAGUGAGCAAUGGGCCCGAAAGGACGGCUAAAUGAUGUUUUUGGUGGGACUUCAGUUUCAUGGCUUCCCGCAAAGGAAGCCAUUUCAGAGAGAAGCGACAACAACGGCAAACCGUCGCGACCAAAUUUUGAUAACUUUUCCUUCUGAUUCAACAUGUAGUUACUAGAAAAUGAGGUUGGAUCAACAUUACUAUCUGCCUUAUCGAUUUAAAGUUUUAUGGGGAUAUAAAACCCAAUACAAAAAGCAUUUUAAAAGCAUUAGAACUCAAGUGCGGACUUUUUGAGAAUUCACACGCGGCAAGCAAGCGCAUUAAUUCAAUACACUUAUUUCAAACCACAAUAUGUCUGAAACGAGUUGUCAUUUUAAGACUAAAUUGAUGAAAAUAGAUAUAACAGUGAUUUUGGAGUACCCUACUUACUUAGUGUAAUUUAAUACUCGAAGUAUUCUUGCCAAAUAGGGCACGUACACACACAGUAAUUUAAUCUGGUGUCGUUUGAAACAUACUUUAGCUAAAAUAACAACUUGAACAAGAAGACCAACAAUGGGGUUACGAAAACAGUCGAAAUUGUGCCCAAAUUUGCAUAAACAGUUCGUCUAAAAAGAUAACUUUAAACUAGAUUCAACCAACAUUAAUGCAGUCGAAUUUUGUGAGUAUUUGAUCGCAUAUUUCUACUCAAAAAUACCCUUUAAAAAAUCGUAUCUGCUCACUUGUGUUCCGUGUUCAUCUUUCUUGUGAUUUCUGACUUCUAUUUUUAAUAAAGUUUGGAGAAAUCCUCAUCUUUUUGGCUGAAAAUCUCGCGCAUGGUUCACAGAAAAACUUGGCCCCAAAACGUCAAUACAUUCGCUUUCCUUUCAUGCCAAAUUUUCAUUGUAGUUGAUUCAGAAACCUCUUCUUUUCUUGCUUUUAAAACUUGCUGUAAAAUCUUUCUUUGUAACAGAAUCGCCAUUAUUCAUUAUUUUUGGAAAACUAAGAUUUUAAACUUGAAAAACUUUGCAAGUUUCUGACCGAUUUUCUUGCAUGAUACACCGUUGAAAAGCUCGAAUUUCACGUUCUAUUUUCGUAUCCGUUGCUAGGCAACCCGAUAAACACGUGCUCAAAUAUCAUGCCCGCAAGUUAAGGUGUCAUGCCAGGGCGCAUUCGGGCGCAUUGUCCGUUACCCACUUGUCAAUCUCAGGGCGCAUAUGGGCGCAUUGGGCGUUAAUGAGUUAAUUGAUAGUCGAAAAUUUGGGGUAAAUUUUCUCUCCAAAGGAAUGCCUGUGUAUUGACAAGCACGAUUAUCAGUUGUAAAGUUCAUAUACGUUAUGAACAUUUGCUUUUUGGAUAACAGUUAUAAGGGCAGAACAAAAGGUCGUGCGUAAGAAUGAAGCUGGCAUAAAGGCCCAUUUACACGAUACAAUUAGUUGUAUACGACUGUCAUUCUGACGAAUGAAAACGAGUGCGAAUGCCACGUUUAUAUUGCUCAUUCGCUGAUGGCGAAAUUUGAAAUGUGACGUUUGUACGCAUGUUUAUUCGAUCACAUUACGCCAGAGUAGGAAUCGUAUACAACUAAUCGUACCGUGUAAACGGGCCUUAACAGAUCCUCGUAACAUGCAAUUAGGGACAGUAAACCAAGAGACUGCUACAUCAUUGAUGACUAUCAAAUUACUAAAAUCUUCAUGCACUUAUACUGUACUCCCUUUUCCCAGAUUGAUGUGAUUGUGUAACGUUCUUAAGCAUGCAAAGAUUGAUUAAGAUGUAAUUUCAUUUUAUACAGGGUCUUAGCUAGAGGGCCAUGUUGGCCGUGUUAUCACGGGCAAAAAUGGAAAAACACAGCUAGAUAUAAUGAACGCGGCUUCAUUAUUUGUAUAAGGCCGGGUAGGUUCAAAAAAUGAGGUGUUACGGACAUAAUUUCUUCCUAUAUAUAUGUCGUAAAAAAGUUUGUAAAAUCUACUGUAGUUGUUGAAAUUGGCAAAACUUAUCCGUGAUGUUUUAAUGUUUGGACGAUGGAUAUGGUGUUACUGUAAAAUGGUUUUAAAUACCCCAAGAGUUGCUGAUUGAAAGAACUUAAUUCUUUAAUGUCAGUGCGAAAUAUGAGCGUAUGCUCGCCUUGUAUUUGGUUCCAAAGCAUAGAACAACCACAGGCAUUGUCUGUUGGCUAGGUAUAACUAGAACCGUGAAUUUGGCUAUUCAAAGUACCGGUUAUUGACAUGUGUAUGGUGGCCCAGCAGCGCCAUAGCAUUUUCCUAUAUUUUUAUUUAAUUAAUUUUGAUUUUAAAUACAUUUUUAAAUAAAAUUACAAUACACACUAGCAAAGUAAAAACAUAUUAAGAUUAAAUUUAAAAUAAAAAAGAAACAAAAUAAAAACAAAUUAAAACUAAAACUGAAUAAAAAUAAAAUGAAAAUUCCACAUGGCCCAUGAGCGCCAUAGACCAGAAUUAAAAGCCUUUUGAGUUUUCACUAUCUUUCAAAAUUCAUGCUGACAUUGUGCCUGCUUGUAGGCUAUGUCAGGGGGGGGGGUGCAUAUCAGCAUGAUUGUUUUGUCCAACAUGGCGACAGGUCGAACAAGAAAUUCAACGUGGACUGAUGAUACGAGAUUGAAGGAAGAACUUCAGAAGUAUGUAAAGCAGGGAUUAAAGCGAAGCGAAAUUUUAAGUUUCGUUGAACGAGAUUUUUCUGAAUACGCAUGGAGCAAGAGGACGUUAGACCGAAGACUACAGUAUUUUGAUAUAUAUCAAACAGAUUGCACUGUGUCUGUCGAGGACGUACGGGCUGCCGUUUCAAAAGAGUUGGAAGGGCCUGGUCAACUGGUUGGCUAUAGGGCAAUGUACCAUAAAAUAAGGCAGGGUCAUAAUCUUAAUGCUCCGCGUAAUUUGGUUCACGCAGUCAUGUACGAUCUCGAUCCCGAAGGACUUGAAUCACGGCAGCCAAUGAAAAGGCAAAGAAGAGAAAAAGGACAUUUUAUUACGAAGGGGACAGAUUGGGUUCAUUCAAUGGAUGGCCAUGACAAAAUGAUGGGCUAUCAAAAUAGUACUUUUCCUUUGGCAAUAUAUGGCUCUAUUGACACAGCCAGCAGGAAAAUACUUUGGUUAAAAAUUUGGACGUCAAAUUCCUGCCCAAAACGGAUUGGUUCAUGGUAUUUGGAGCAUCUACAUGAAACUCGUCAGAUUGCUUCGAUGAUCAGAGUUGACAAGGGUACUGAAACUGGCGUGAUGGCGACAAUGCACUCUUACUUACGGCAAAGCCAUGGAGAUAUGAAUGCUGAAGACACAGUGUUAUACGGCCCAUCUACUUCUAAUCAGGUAUUACCCCAAUACGUUAAUAGAGUUAAUAACAUGGUAGAACCAACUAACCAUAUAUAAAGGGGGCCAUUCUAUUUAAUGUACCCCAAUGGACGAAGUCGAUAAAAUUUGAACCCCCUAAAAAAAAAAUCAAAGUGCCAACACCCCCCCCCAGAAAUUAAGAAAUUUUUGCCUUACCCCUAAGAAAAAAUGCAAAGAUCAAAGGAUGCUGAUGCAUACUACCCCUCAAAAAAUGGCUUUUUCAAACGCCCUCAUAAAUUCUCGUCUAUGGGGGGGGGGGGGGAGGUGUACAUUAAAUGGAAUGGCCCAAAGUUGACUCCUGGGCCAACAGAGAUAUGCAUGCUGACAGGAUCACUAAGGCAAUUCACAGUUCAAACAUUAGUUUAAGAUAGGAAUAAGUAGUUUAUAAAGAGAGAUCAAAGCUAGAUCAUAAGUGGAAUUUACUGAAACAUUUCUGUCUUAAGACUUUUAUUGGUCGUUUCAAUAAAUCCCAUUUAUUACCUAGCUGUCAGAAGUAGUCCAUUUUUUUAAAAUUAAUCGAAUGCAACUACUGGCUCUCCCUUUAUAAUAUUAAACAGCCCCCAAAGCCCUUCCAACAACAACACACUUGUUUGUAAAUACUUGGACAUGUAUGCAUCCAGAGAUGGAGGAUGCAUGAUGUGUCGCCGAAUCAGAUUGCUCAAAUGCAUGAUCAUAAUGGAAGCAUUAUUGCUUGUGGAAACCAUUUACAUCUCAGUUCGUCAAAGUGUGCUCAACAUAACAAGUGAAUACUAAUUCUUUCUCAUAUAUCAACAGAUUGAACGAUGGUGGAGGGAGCUCCACGAGCGUCUUGAAAAGUUUUUUAAACAUCAAAUUAACUGGUUAAAAGAUCGAGGGCAUUAUGAUCCACAUAGUGAUCAAGACAGGUUAGUCUACAAUUAUUUUACGGAAGUAACAGAAGAUAAAUUAUUUUACGGAAGUAACAGAAGAUAAAAAAUUAAUAAGUACACACUGUUUACAACCAAACACAACUGCCUAGUUUUGGUUUCAAUAUUUUUCCCAACACUGAAUUGAUUUAAAACAUUUUAAACUAUUUAAUUAAACCUUUUUAACAUAUCAAGAAAUGUCCUCCUGUUAUUUUGUCUAUAAAUAUAGAGUCAUUAGUAUUAACAGGGGUUUGUCAAACUAUCUACCUGUCUUUCUGUUAACCCAUUUAUAUUGUUCGCUGUAUUGUUUCACAAGAAGUAAUUGACAUUAAUAUGGGUCUUGCCUUUCAAAGCUAUUGUGUUGGAUUUGGAUUGAAUGCUUCUAAAUCAUAACCAGAGUGCAACCAUUCCUUACUUACUAGGUGGUCAGAAAUAGUCAAGUGGCAUGUUCUGUCAUGUCUUCCGUCAUGCACAAGGAGUGGACUUAAUGCCCCCAAGAACUAAAGUGAUCAAAAUCUUAAUUUUCCAGAGCUUAAAUCCUUUGCAAAAAAAUAUUUGAUUAAUUCAAGAUUUAUCUAUGUGUCAUUUUUAUUUCAGAAUGCUUAUCGCAUUCUUAAUGAUUCCAGUACUGCAGAAACAGCUUGAUUCAUUUAAAGAUACAGUGUGGAAUUGUCACAGAAUCCGUACCCAAAAAGAAACACUUCUUCCCAAUGGGGUUCCGAAUCAUAUGUACGACUUUCCAGAAGAAUAUGGCUUAGAGAAAUGUGGUAAGGAGUAGAUAUGUAUGUUUAACCCAUUCAGCUGCAAUGUGGUCUACUUUUUUUUUACUUGUCUAACGCCAUACGAUUUUACUUGUCAAUGGGGAAACUCUGUUUUGCCACAAUGUGCAUCUUACAUUCUAACGCUUUUUUUAGGGUGGCCUGUAACAGAAGACCAGUUGAAAGAUGUAGCUGAGUUGUCAGGAGUUUUAGAGCUAGAUGAUGAUUUUAUACAAAGUGAAUCUCGGGAGAAAUGUGAAAGAAUUAUUCCUUUUCCUGGUGAUGUAGAACCUGACCAAUGUGCAGAUGCCUAUGUUUACCUCAAAGACAAUUUUUUAAAUAGCUGA